CCAGACCAGCAGCUCCCGCGGGCGUGGCAAGGGUCCUGUGCCAGGCCUGCCCAGAGCUGUGACUUGGUUCUGCAGGGUCUGCAGUCUGCCCAGAACAGCCAGGAGGAUGGCCCGUGCUUAACCCUCUGCAAGCUGCCUGGCUACAGGGCUGGUGGGGCCUGGAGAAGCCGCCUUGAGGUUGCUUGGACUCUGGGAAAGGCCACUGGGAGUAGGCUUGGGCAGGAAGCCGAGCCCCCGGGGAGCUGGGAGCCUCGGUUCCCGAGCCAGUCACGUCCUGAGCUGGAGGGGGCGGGUAGCUUGGGCCGGCGCGUAUUUGGGGGAGCGUCCUGGUUCUAGGCGCUUCCAGUGGCUCCCUUGCACAAGUGAAUCCUGGGCCCAGUUCUGGGGGCAAAGAUGCCUGCCCUCCACAUUGAGGAUCUGUCGGAAAAGGAAAAGCUGAAGUUGGAGGUUGAGCAACUUCGCAAAGAAGUUAAGUUGCAGAGACAACAGGUGUCUAAAUGUUCUGAAGAAAUAAAGAACUACAUCGAAGAACGUUCUGGAGAUGAUCCCCUGGUGAAGGGAAUUCCAGAAGACAAGAAUCCCUUUAAAGAAAAGGGCAGCUGUGUCAUUUCCUAAGAAACUCUGGGGGAAACAAUUCUCAGUUGGAGCAAGUUGUUCUGUCAUUUGUUUUAUUUUCCCCCAAAUAAAACCAAAGUGUGUGCUAAAGAAGGAAAAAACAUGUAGUUGAGAAAAACCUGAUGUAAGCACUCUCCAGGCAGUGUAUGGCAGAUGACCUGGUUUUCAUCUUUCUCUCAUGACACUCCCUUUUUCAGAGGGUGGGACAUCUGACCUGCAGUGGGACAAAGGCAUGACUCUCCCCUUUCAGUGUACCACUUGCUGCCUCAAUAAAGUUUGUCUUGGGAAAAUUA